AUGGUGUGCAGAGUGGUGCCGCAGUUUUUGCUGGAGAAGCCCCUGUUUCUCAUGGGGUGCAGCAUCCUGCUGGGACUUAUCGUUCCAGUGGUGGCAAGGUUUGCAGGAAACAACGACCCCUACGAGAACCAGGUCUCGCACAUUUUCGGGCAAGACUCCAUUUGCGUGGCCAUGGACUUCCCGGGCUGGAUGGAGGCCGCCACUGUGAUGUUUUUCUUUGCUGGCCUGCUUCACUCCUAUGCUGUGAUCAGGGUGUAUCAGCACUGCAAGACGGAGUGGCAGGCACAGAGCAGUAAACGAUGCCUGCUUGCGUUUGUGGUCUUCGAGAUCUUAUGCGUGAACUGCUUCUGGAUGGUUGGCCUCUUCAGUCCUGUAUUGAACCAGAGCGUCGGCCAAGUGAUGGCGCAUACGAUUCCUUUCGUUGUCUUCCAGUUCUUUUUCUUCUUUUGGGUCAUCUUCCUCAUGGCCUGCGUGCCUCCAACAGAUGUGGGCAAGAUUCGUUCAGUGUCGUGGUACUGCGUCAGCGCGGCCUACGUGCUCUUGCAGCUAUUUCAGCUUGCAUUCAUCUUUUGGACGCUUGCUUUGCUGUCGCAGCCUGGUGUUGAGACUGCUGGGCCAAACCGCUUCAAAGGUCCGCUCGCCGGCGAGUACGCUUCGCUGCAGGUUCUUGAGCCAGUGAGUCUCUUCCUCCGCCUAAGCUGCCUCUGCCUGCACCCUCUGCGCUUGCCAGCUCGCCAGCCUGAGAAGGUAGAGGCUGCCAAGACAGCUGACAUCACGACCGAGGAAGCUUGA